CAAGCUGCGGAAAUUAUUAUUCAUCAAUCAAUUAUAUAUAAGAGUAAAACAAUACAGAAUGUUUCUUUAAGAACAAAUUAGAGGCGAAUUUUGGGGAUGAAAUUAUGAAAAACCCAGUCAUAUCAAAUUUGGUUGAACUCUGGGUUUAGCUCGCACCACAUUUCCAAAUGGAAAGUCGCUAUUAAAAUCCCAGUGGAAAUGGAAAUCCCAGAAAAGUUAACGGGUUAAUCCUUACUUAUCCAAUUUGUUUUGACCUAAUUACAACAGUAGUGGGAACAGAUCCCUUUGCUUGGUAUCACGCGUCAACAUCCCGUAGCCCUCAGCCGUGGAUCCUCCCUCUCUCUCCCUCAGCCUUUUGGGGGUCCCCACAUCUCCAUCUUUAAUCUUUUUCCUAUGAAUUCCCAAGGCCAAAGGAUAACGCGCUCUCUCUCUCCCUCUCCAAAUUUAUACUGUAAUCUGUAAUUUCUUGCUGUCUUUUCACUGUAACACAAAUUUGAAAACCCCCCUCAAAUUGAAUCAGAUCAGUUCUCCCUUCUCCAAAGGGGGAUCAUCCAUCUCCUCAAUCUUGAUUCCCAACCUAGCAUAUAUUAAAAUAAAGUCAUCAUUCUUUCUUUUGCCAAGGCUUUUGGACUUUUCUUGUUCUGUGUUCUGAUCAAUCUUAACCGGGUGACUGGGACUUUGUCCUCUGUAAUGGCAUCCGUUGAAAAUCACCAAAACCUUGAACAAGAUGAUGACAAGACCCAUCACCCCGAUCCAUUGCUUGGCGACCCACAUCAAUACUCCAUCACUGCGGUAGGCCCUUCCUCCCCAGCGGCGCCGGAGGACCCACCUGCUUCUCGACCGGAUUCUUCUGAUACUGUUUCCAUGCUUAAAGAAGAGCCGGCUGACUACGACGUCGAGGGUUCACUUUCAGUUGCGCUCACCCCGGUACAUCAAUCCCAGAGGUCUCAGUCGUUGGUGGUGGCUCCGCCUAAGAGGUCUACCAAGGACCGGCAUACUAAGGUAGAAGGCCGAGGCCGGAGAAUCCGUAUGCCUGCCACCUGCGCCGCCAGAAUAUUCCAAUUGACGCGGGAACUGGGCCAUAAGUCAGACGGAGAGACCAUCCGGUGGCUCCUCGAGCGAGCGGAGCCAGCAAUCAUUGAAGCCACCGGAACGGGCACUAUACCGGCUAUCGCCGUUUCUGUUAACGGAACGUUGAAAAUCCCCUCCACGCCAAGUACCGCCGACGGCGAGACCGCCAAUAAAAGAAGAAAGAGAGCUUCAAGCAGCGAUUUCUACGAACUGAACGAUAACUCUAGUUUCGCUCCGGUGGCACCCAUUGCUCAAGCUUUGUUACCGGUUUGGACAGUUGGUGGGCCUAGUGGUGCUGGAAUGGUUCCAACGAGCGCGGUUCCAAGUGGGGCUUUUUUCAUGAUCCCACAAUCUGGGCCGACCAUCGCUGGGCCUCCGAAUCACCCUCAGUUGUGGGCCAUUCCGGCUGCUGCGGCGCCGGUUUUUAACGUUCCCGGGAGGCCCAAGUCUAAUUUUGUGCCCGGAGUGCAACCUGGAGCCACGUUGAAUUUCGCUACUGCUUCUGCUAGUGGAGAUGGUAAAGUGGGUGUGGUGUCUAAUGAUGUUGAGAAUGGGGAAACGAACCAUUCAGUUUCGGUGAAGGAUUUGGAUGACGCCAAUUCUAGUGGUGGUAACAUUGGGGCCACCACUACGACAAGUAGUAGUCCGGGCACUCAAAUGCUUAGGGAAUUUUCAUUGGAGGUUUAUGACAGGAGAGAACUUCAUCAAUUCGUGGUUGGUGCUACUACUGCUACUGCUACUGCCACGGCUGGUGCUGCCGCCGGUGGAGCCGGGAGUGACCACCGGACUUCAUCAGAAGCCUGAAUUAGUUAGGUGGAUAUGACUUGUGUGGUGGUAGGAAUUUAGAUUUUGCUGCGUAUUUUAAUUGCAGAGCAAAAUAUACGUUAUUAGACUUUUAGGCAUCAGAGUAGCCGUGUAGUUUGAAUCGGGCCUCUUCUAAGUUGUAAUGCUAAAUUACUAAGGGCUUGUUUCCCCAACACUUAUUUUAUAUUUUUGUCUCAUUUUACUUUUUAAAAUACCUCUUAAACACAAA